UAUGCGUUCCCAGCUGAACUAUCUCGAUCUCGAGAUUGAGUGCCUUGAGUUGGAGAUGCAGAGGGAUAGAAAGGGCAGACUUAUUGAUCACAAAAUUGCUACACUCCAUGCUCUGUAUGCCGAAAUUGGUUUCCCAAGGGUGGGUGUUAUCCAGUCGAACAUAAAAAACCUGGAAGAUAAAAUUGCCAAGGCUAAGGAGUGGGCAGAAGAGGGGGAGAGGAAUCAGGCUGAUGUCGAUCGUACAGCAGAGUAUGUACGUUCGAUGAAUGAGACCUUGGGGGAGCUUAACCGAGCCUUGUUAACUGAUUUUUCAGGACGGAUCUCUUUGACCUUGCAGGAAACUUCAGUGAAACAGCUCCUACGUCGUGUUGGUUUUGAUUGUAUAGUUGAGUAACACAUUAGCUUUGGUUACCUGAAAUUUCCUGUUUAGUAACACAUUAGAUUUGUAGAGAUGAGGUAUAGAGGAAUCGGGCAGAAGAGUAUAUAGGUUCGAUGAAUGAGACCUUGCUGAUUGGGGACCAUCCCAACAAGAUGCAGGAGCUACCAGUUCUCUCUCUACAAUGUAUGGUGUUUAGUUGU